UGUCUGCAGUCUCUGGUCAUCUCCUGUAGUAUGUCUGCAGUCUCUGGUCAUCUCCUGUACUGUAUCCACAGUCUCUGGUCAUCACCUGUACUGUGUCCGCAGUCUCUGGUCAUCUCCUGUACUGUGUCCGCAGUCUCUGGUCAUCUCCUGUAUAUGUCCACAGUCUCUGGUCAUCUCCUGUAGUAUGUCUGCAGUCUCUGGUCAUCUCCUGUAGUAUGUCUGCAGUCUCUGGUCAUCCCCUGUACUGUAUCCACAGUCUCUGGUCAUCUCCUGUACUGUAUCCGCAGUCUCUGGUCAUCUCCUGUACUGUGUCUGCAGUCUCUGGUCAUCUCCUGUACUGUGUCUGCAGU